CCUCCUGCUUCUACCUCGUACGCGCGACACGCCGCGGGGACGCGACACACACACAUAUCCAUAGCUUCCGGCUUCCUUCACCUGCUGCUUAGUGCUUACUCCAAGGGCCCCAAAGCAGAUGGCCGAGCACCACCUCCCGCCGGACCCCGCCGACCACCACCACAGAGGCGAGAGGAAGGGCGUCCACGCCGGCGACCUCAAGCCCGGCCGCCGCUACGGCUACUACAACUACGGCGGGGGCGCCCGCGCCCUGUGCUUCGCGGUGCUCGUCCUCCUCCUCGCGGCGGGCAUCACCUGUCUCGUGCUCUACGUGGUGUACCGCCCGUCCCACCCCACCCUCGCCGUGACCUCCGCCGCCGUGCUCGCGCUCUACAACGCCACGCCCGCCGCCGCCGGCGGCCCCACCGCGGUGGCGGCGUCGUUCCAGGUCGCGCUGGUGCUCCGCAACCCGAGCGCGCGGUCCGCGGCGCGGUACGACCGGCUGGCGGCGUACGCGGCGUACCGCGGGGAGGCCCUGACGGCGCCCGCGCCCCUGCCCCCGCUGGCGCAGGACGCCGGCGCCGCCGUGGAGGUGGCGCCCGUGCUGGGGGGCGGGGGCGGGGGCGGGGGCGCCGCCGCGGCGCCGGUGCCCGUGUCGCCGGAGACCGCGGUGGCGCUGGCGGCGGACGUGGCGUACGGCGUGCUGCCGCUGCGCGUGGUGGUGCUGGGCUGCGUCCGGUUCGUGUCCGGGCCGUUCCACCGGGGGUGGCACUCCAUGUACGCGCGCUGCGACCUGCUGCUCGGCGUGCGCGAGCCUGCGGGGAAGCAGCACGGCGCCGGAGCCGGCGGCGAGCCCCGGCAGGCGCCGCUGCUCACCGCCCCCGCCUGCAACGUCGACAUGUGACGCGAUGACGAUCUGGGUUGGAGAUGGGUCUCAUGUGUAGCUUGAUCCAAUGUAAUCUUCGUGUGUUGUGCGCCGAAUGGGACGUGUCAGAGCACAGUAUACCAAUCUAGGUACAUAAAUAACACAAGCUUUGUAAUUAAAUUGCAAACUUAUUUGCGCGAUCAUGUUACUGUU